GAUGCGGCGGUCGCUGCUGCUGCUUCCUGGUUCUCAGCUCGCCGAGUGGGGGAGAGCGUGAGCCCGCGGAGGCGGGAGCAGGAGGAGCGGGCGGAGGCGGGGGCAGAGACGCCAAAGCUGGAGCUAGCCGGACGGGUCGCUCCUGCUCUCCGGGGAGACCGUCUGCCCGGCCCCGGAGAAGGGGCGAGCCCCGCGCGCUCAAGGAGGACGGUCGGGAGCCCAGCAGCCCGCCGAGGGCUCGGAGCCCGGCUCCCCUCCUUUCCACCUCUGGAGAAAGGGCGGGAGGGAAGGAGGGGAGGGGAAGAUCCCUCGGAGGAGGCGGAAUGGCCGGUCUCAGGGGGCUCGGACACUGCUUCUCCCGAGAGCUGCCUCCACGCCCGUGGCUGCCGAGAGGACUGCCCUGAGCCAAGGCUCCCGGUUCCCCAGUGUCAGCCAGCGCGGCCCCAUCGGGGCUCCGGCAGCAGCGCCGGCAUGUCGUCCGGCACGAUGAAGUUCAAUGGCUAUCUGAGGGUCCGCAUCGGAGAGGCUGUAGGACUGCAGCCCACCCGCUGGUCCCUGCGGCACUCGCUCUUCAAAAAGGGCCACCAGCUGCUGGACCCCUACCUGACGGUGAGCGUAGACCAGGUACGCGUGGGCCAGACCAGCACAAAGCAGAAGACCAACAAACCCACCUACAACGAGGAGUUCUGCGCCAAUGUCACCGACGGCGGCCACCUGGAGCUAGCCGUCUUCCACGAGACGCCCCUGGGCUAUGACCACUUUGUGGCCAACUGCACGCUGCAUUUCCAGGAGUUGUUGCGCACGACGGGCACCUCGGACACCUUCGAGGGCUGGGUGGAUCUGGAGCCCGAGGGGAAAGUGUUUGUGGUAAUAACCCUAACAGGGAGUUUCACCGAAGCUACUCUCCAGAGAGACCGCAUCUUCAAGCAUUUUACCCGGAAGCGCCAAAGGGCUAUGCGAAGGAGAGUCCAUCAAGUCAAUGGACACAAAUUCAUGGCCACAUACCUGAGGCAGCCCACCUACUGCUCUCACUGCCGGGAGUUCAUCUGGGGAGUAUUUGGGAAACAGGGUUAUCAAUGCCAAGUGUGCACCUGCGUCGUCCAUAAACGCUGCCAUCAUCUAAUUGUUACAGCCUGCACUUGCCAAAACAAUAUUAACAAAGUGGAUGCCAAGAUCGCAGAGCAGCGGUUCGGCAUCAACAUCCCACACAAGUUCAGCGUUCACAACUACAAGGUGCCCACGUUCUGUGACCACUGCGGCUCCCUUCUCUGGGGGAUCAUGCGACAGGGACUUCAGUGUAAAAUAUGUAAAAUGAAUGUACAUAUUCGGUGUCAGGCGAACGUGGCCCCAAACUGUGGGGUGAAUGCGGUGGAGCUCGCCAAGACCCUGGCAGGGAUGGGUCUCCAACCCGGAAAUAUUUCUCCAACCUCGAAACUCAUUUCCAGGUCGACACUAAGACGGCAGGGAAAGGAGGGCUCCAAAGAAGGAAAACUAGAAGAAAAGGACCGUCUGUUCUUUGUCAUGGAGUUUGUGAAUGGAGGCGACCUGAUGUUCCACAUCCAGAAGUCCCGUCGUUUCGAUGAAGGCCGAGCUCGUUUCUACGCCGCAGAGAUCAUUUCUGCACUUAUGUUCCUACAUGAGAAAGGCAUCAUCUAUAGAGACUUGAAACUGGACAACGUGCUAUUGGACCACGAAGGUCACUGUAAACUGGCUGACUUCGGAAUGUGCAAGGAGGGGAUUUGUAAUGGGGUCACCACCGCCACCUUCUGCGGCACGCCCGACUACAUUGCCCCAGAGAUCCUUCAGGAGAUGUUGUAUGGACCCGCAGUAGACUGGUGGGCCAUGGGCGUGCUGCUUUAUGAGAUGCUGUGCGGGCAUGCGCCCUUUGAGGCUGAGAAUGAAGAUGACCUUUUUGAGGCCAUACUGAAUGAUGAAGUUGUCUACCCUACCUGGCUCCACGAAGAUGCCACUGGGAUCCUCAAAUCUUUCAUGACCAAGAACCCCACCAUGCGCUUGGGCAGCCUGACUCAGGGUGGCGAGCAUGAGAUACUGAGACAUCCUUUCUUCAAGGAAAUUGACUGGGCCCAGUUGAACCAUCGCCAACUAGAACCACCUUUCCGACCCAGAAUCAAAUCCAGAGAAGAUGUCAGCAAUUUUGACCCAGACUUCAUAAAAGAAGAGCCAGUUUUAACUCCGAUUGACGAGGGACAUCUUCCUAUGAUUAACCAGGAUGAGUUUAGAAACUUUUCCUAUGUGUCACCGGAAUUGCAACCGUAGCCUUAUGGGAAAAGAGAACCAAAGGAGAAUGUGGAUUUUUCCAGGAGUUUCUUUUGUGGGAAUUCCCUAGCAUCUGCCUUAGAACACCAUCUUCACCUUCAAGGCGCAAACGUUCACAACUCUGUGAAGGGUGGAGCCUCAAGAGAGCCGCUCUCUCAAAUCCCAGGGAGCCAUGGUACAUUUCAGUAGUUGACACUGAGAUAAGAUGUUACAAAGGUGUGCACUGCUCAACCCAUGAGUCUCCAGAGCCCUUUCAGGCUUGGAGGAAAGGACAGAAGCCAAAAGAAGAGAUGCUGGGAAAAAUACAGGAGGUCCUAGGGAUUACAAGCCAAACAGGCUUCUUUAUUUUUUUAAGUUCAAGAGACAAAUGUACUUUCUGUGGAGCACUCUACACUCUUCUUUAAGCCAGUACUACAGUCUGCAAAAGAUUAAAUGCUGAUGAAGAAGUUAAAGGUCUCUCUAGGGAAACAAAUGGCAUUCCAAGAAGGAUGCACUUUGAAGAAGCUGCACAUGGGCGUCCUUCCAGCUCCCAACAUAAACCCAGUGUUGAGAACAACAGUGGUUGGACACCAUGACAACCAUCAGUGUCUUGAGUCUCUGCCUCUUCCUUCCAGUAACUAGAUAUUUAUUGAUUGUCAGAUAAAAAAGGUGCCAUAAUCUUCAGUAGUGUACACAGCAGAGUACCCUUCAUGAUGCUUCUACUCAUUCUGGGGUUCACCCAAUGGUGUUUGCAUUCUGUGAAAGGCCUCUCCACGUUGCAUAGGUCUGUCUUCUUUGUCUCCUGUUCAUAGAAGGGCCACUGCCACAGUCGUGGGGUCAGCAGGCAGGCAUCCGUUGCAUGCCACCUGCUAAUCACAACCACCUCCAAUACUUCAUCUCAGGCUGACUCACUGGUGAAGAACCCCGCACCGUUCCAGUCCAUGAGCACGUGUGGCGGAUCCGUUGGCAGUCAGUCUAUUUAUGUUUUCAGAGACAAAGAAGGUUGUUUGAUAUACACAUUAAUAAUUAACAAUGGGCCUUGUAAACAAGGCUGACAACAAAGGUGUACCUUUUCAUGUGUAACCAUAUAUAUAUAUAUACAGUUGAAAAAUUUUAUCUGGCUGGAAAUAAAGGCAUUUUGUAGCAAA